AUAUCCUCCAAUUAACAUACAACAAACACACGUUGGACGCCAAAUCUAUUUAAACCUGAUGUCGGCUUAAACUGACAGAUGAACAUGAUUUGUAGCAUUAGAUAUAAUUGAGUCCAUCACACCCACAAUGAAUACGACAAAUAAUAAACCCACCGAGGAGAAGACGUUCUGCUUUCGGGGCAUUUGGGCCAAACUCGUGCCGUUACUGCUGAUUGUAUUAUUUGUAGUGUUAGUUUUAUGGCUAUUGCGGAAGUUUAUUCAGGGUCCAGUUUAUCGCAAGAAGAAUCGCAUCGAUGGCAAAGUGGUUAUCGUAACCGGCUGCAAUACGGGCAUUGGCAAGGAGACGGUGCUGGAGUUGGCCCGAAGAGGAGCCAAGAUCUAUAUGGCAUGUCGGGAUCCCGCACGCUGUGAGGCAGCUCGCAUUGAGAUCAUUGAUCGCACACAGAAUCAACAGUUGUUCAAUCGCAGCUUGGAUCUGGGAUCAUUGGAGUCGGUGCGCAACUUUGUGGCAAGGUUCAAGGCGGAGGAAACCCGCCUCGAUCUGCUGAUCAACAAUGCGGGCAUCAUGGCCUGUCCACGUUCCUUAACCGCUGAUGGCUAUGAGCAGCAGUUUGGCGUCAAUCAUCUGGGUCACUUUCUGCUAACGAAUCUUCUGCUGGAUCGUCUCAAGCAAUCCGCUCCGAGUCGCAUUGUCGUGGUCAGUUCCAUUGCACAUCUCUUCGGUCGCAUCAAUCGUGAUGAUCUUAUGGGCGAUCGCAACUAUCGAAAAAUGAUGGGAGCAUACACUCAAUCCAAACUGGCUAAUGUCCUUUUCACACGCAAACUGUCCACGUUGCUCCAAGGCACUGGAGUCACGGUCAACUGUUGUCAUCCCGGUUUGGUGCGCACGGAGCUGAAUCGUCACUUUGUGGCCCCGAGAUGGAUUCUAGCCCUGCUCAGCAUCAUCUCGUUGUAUUUCGUGAAAACGCCUCGAGCUGGCGCCCAAACGCAGCUGCGUCUCGCCCUUGAUCCGGUGCUGGAAAACUCGUCGGGUGACUAUUACUCGGAUAGCUUACGUUUCCCACUGGUGCCUUGGGCACGUGACAAGAACACGGCCAAUUGGCUUUGGCGCGAAAGUGAGAGACUUGUCGGUCUGCCUUCAAUAAAACAGCAGACCGCACGUGAUGAUGAGUCAAUUAAGACAGUCGUCAUUAGUGAAUAGCUCUGUCAAUUGGUGGCAUCUGGCAAUUAAAUAACAGUUCUUGGUAUUUUCUCAAGUCAAUUGCAUCUUUAGGAUUAGCAUUUCUUAGGAUUGGUUAGAGUACACUUUAAGUGUUCCAAAGUAGACUUAAGUCUUUGCAAUAAAUGGAUUUAUAAAUUAAA